UCUCUCUCUCCCCCCUCUGCACAUCUCUCUCUCUCUCUCUCUCACCGUCGCUAAACAUUCAGAUCGCUAGCUGGCCGUGCAUCUAAUCCGCUGCUGUAUCUGUUCUUCUUCCCACAGCUAAGAUCUCACAAGAAGUUCCCAAAAAAAAAAAUGAACAAAACCCAACGAAUCGAUAUCCCCUCGUCAUCCUCUUCUCCACCUCCAGCUUCAGCAGAUGGUGAGUUCAACGAAGACGACAUCUUCUCAAUAGACAUAACUCACGCGCCCAAACACUCCCCAUCCUCUUCCCCUGCUCAACACCCACCCGCCCGCCAGCUUCAACGAACCAAAAGCGGUUUAAAAAACGUCGAAGCUUCCGGUAUCCUCGCAGCUCUCCCCGAGCCUUCAGGAAACAGUUACCUAAACCAUGUCUUUCACCACAAGCCUGCAGCUGUUCUCUCCACUUCCGUCUCCUCCACAGCUUCCUCCACGUCCUCUUCGUCUUCGGCGGCUCGGAUCAUCCCUUCAGCUCCUAAACCGCCUCAGGAGAGGGUUCCGUUUACAGCUUCUUCUGUAGGGAAGUAUCCUCAGUCAGCUCCUCUUCAAGUGCCGUUGGUGUCUUCGGCUAUGAGGAGUCGUCAUAAGAAGGAGUUUAAGUUGACUGAUGUGGUGGAUGAGGAGGAGGAGGAGGAGGAGGAUGAAGGUGAGAGGCUUCCUCCACAUGAGAUUGUAGCGAGGUCUUUGGCGCAGUCUUCGUUGCUGUCUUGCUCUGUGCUUGAAGGAGCUGGGAGAACGCUUAAAGGGAGAGAUCUCAGGCAGGUAAGGAACGCUGUUUUCAGAAAAACCGGUUUCAUAGAUUGAGUUUUUUUUCACCAGAAGAACAUUCUUUGAUUUGUUAUUUGGCCAACAGAAAACGUUCCAAUGUAAUGUUCAUAUAUUUUUUUCUUACAUUAGACGAUUGUGUUGUUACUUCAUAUCAAAGAGAUUUUGAUGUGAUUGCACACAUGUUUUUGUACGUGUUGUUUCAUGCUUCACAUGUUGAUGAGACACAAAGGUUAUUGUUUUUAUUCAAUUUUUAGUGAAG